AUGUCUUAUGGAAUGACAGAUCGUCAGACCGUCCAAGUCGACACGACGACAAAUUCGUUCAACACCGCCAACAACAACAACAAUAACUGUUUCAUCCUCAAAGUUCAUAUUCGAAAGAGACCCCUCUCCGAUCGACCUAUCAAUGUCGAAGCCUCCUGUUACGAGAGUCCGGAGAAGAAAACCAAACCAAACAAUGGCGAAGAGAGAGUGAAUUCCAUGAAGAUCGAUUCGACCAAUGAGCAAAAAACGAGUGGAAGAAACCACUCAAUGAAUGGAAAUGUCAAGAAAAAUGAAACUCAGAAUUCUUCAUUUCCACCUUCCAGAACGGAACAACAGGAAAAGGAAGUAGAAGCUUCUUUUCCCUCAUCUUCAACGAACACAUUGUCAAAACAAGAAGGUCUUUCAGAUGUUCAUGCCUUUGCCGAUAUUUCCAAAGAAGACGACGAUAUGGAGAUGGAAAUUUAUAUUCCACAUUCAUUCAUUGAAAGAUUGAAAUCCCCUUCACCACCACCCACUCAGUCACAACCAUCCUUCCUUCAAUACGUGAUGUUAUUCUUCAUGUUGUUUUGCUCAGGAAUUUUGUUUUAUCAAUUUAUUUAUUUACCCCAUUUAUCACCAUGGACUCCUAAGACACAGAUGGACUCGGUAGCAAAUGAAGGAAAUUUCACUUCUUUGAAUAAUGUUUCGACAAAUGAGGCAAUGUGUCCACCAUUUCAUGAACAAGUCAACAAGGCAUCGAAUGAUUUAAUGCCCUUGCCUCCUUCUCCUCCAAAAAUUGUCGUUACGAAAUGUCGAGUUGCUUUCAUCUCGCAAGUGGCAAGUUAUGUCAAUGAAAUCUUUUUGCAUACCAAACUCUUCAAAUAUGUUCCUUCCUUUGAGAAUGAGAAAAUAGAACUCUCUUUCACAAAGUUAUCCUCUUUUGAACAUUUAAAUAAGGAGAAGAGUGAUUACUUUUUCUUCAUCACCACAAGUUCCAGACCUGAAGCAAGUGACGCAAAAGGAGAACUUGAAAAUUAUGUCCUACCUUAUAUCAAAGAACGAUUUAACAUGAGUAGAAGUAGUGCGAUAUUUGCAACCACUGACACACAAUUAAUAAGCAAGAUAGAAAAUCUUCCUUUGAAAGAUUAUUAUGUUCAAUGGACGAGUGAUGUUGAAAAAGUUGGAAAACAAGGAGAAGCACCUUUGAAAGGGUUGGUGAAUGAUGUGAUCUCCAAAUGCAGAGAAAAAGUUCAACCUGAAAAAGAUCUAUUAAGUUCAACUGAAAAGGAACAACGGAGAGAGUAA